CGUGACGCCACGGGCAGAAGCAGCUCAGCGGAGCAGACGGGACCCGGGCUGAGGCGGCGGCAGCAGCAGCAGCAGCAGCAGCAGCAGCAUCCACACCAGCUCCACAAAGGGAGAUCAGUGCUGGUUGAAGCUCGACUCUCCGCUCCUCCUCUCAAGGGUUUGACAUGCUCCGGCUCGGCGGCAGGAUGUGCGGCUUGUCGGCCCUGCUCUCAGUGCUUCUCGCUGGGCUCGCGGCGGCGUCCUCCGAUCUGUUUGACAACCAACUGGGCGACAUCAAUUACUGCAAAAAGCAAUGCCAGCUCACCAUCAAAAACAAAAGCCCUGCUAAAGACUCCAUAAUGAACGCCUGUCACCGUGGCUGUCGUCUCUACUCCAUCUGCCAGUUUGUCAAUGGCAACGCCGGCUUCAACACCAGCAGGGAGGAGUGUCAGGGAGCCUGCCAGGAGGCAUAUAUCAAACUGCUGGAGCAGGAGGCCUGCAGCACCGGCUGUGCCAGCCAACCCUCUGAACCUGAGAUCAAGAGGAGGAAGCUCAGAGCCAUGACUCUCCGCCCUAAGCCCCCCUCUGUGAUGGAGGCCGUGUCCAGUUGGUGCAAUGACAUUGUCAGCUCCGCCCAGAGCUUCAUCUCCUCCACCUGGACCUUCUAUCUGCAGGCUGACGAUGGCAAAGUUGUGGUUUUUCAGAGCCAACCAGAGAUGGAGUACUCUCUGCCUGAGCUGCAGGCCCCUCGCUCCAACGUGGCAGACAAACCCUGGCCUCAGGUCCACUCUCACACUCAGAGACCCCACGGUGUGAGGGGACAUGGCGAGAAGGGAGCAUCCAAAACAGGAGGCAAAGGGAAGCACCCUGUUCAGCACACAGACGACCCCACAGCGGAGCACGACUUCCUCGGCUGCAUGUCAAGACGUUCAGGCCUUCCGCGGUGGAUUUUGGCAGCCUGUCUCUUCCUGUCCAUCAUGGUCAUGUUGUGGCUCAGCUGUGCGAGUCUCGUCACCGCACCGGAGCAGCACAUCAAGACGCAGCUGAGUAUCAACGGAGAUAAAGAGUUUCUGGAUAACGUCCACAAAGUCAACCCGUACCACCUGAGCCCUGUGAUCGCUGUCGCCGCGAAGCAGUCAGAGGCGAGUCAGGAGGCAGGGCCGCUGCCAGUUAAAGUCGACCUCAACAAAACCUGCGUUUAGGAAGGACCACUGGGAGAGCUGCUGUCUUGUUUCCCAGGGUAACCAUGUCUGAAGUCUUUGGCUCAUCGAUGAAAGGGGUGAAACAAAACACAUGAUGGGACUCGCUCAGUCACCAGGAUUUUUUAAAAACAUAUUUUUAAGAGCAUGGCACCCUCCCGUCAUAUAAAAUUGUCAUACUGAAACAUCUAGCUUGGUCUCGUCGGUUUGAUGGUGCUUCAUUUACUUGUACAGCCCAGAUUCUCUCAAGACCAUCCUCAGAUUUUGCUUAAUGAUCAGCUUGCUCAUUGCUUAUUGAGAAGUCAGUGCUCCUGUCUGGAGACAAGCAGAGAGGAUGGAUUGCAGCUGAGAGCUCUCAUAUCAUUUAUCAUGUCUGGCGUGGACCAAACGCAGAGAUACAUUUUAAAUUUCAUUUUGCCUCCUCCUCACAGAGAGUUUGGAUUUAUUGAUGGGUUGUUAAGAGCAAAAGAAAAAGAAAAAAAAGAAAAGGGUGUAAAAAUAAAAGUGAGAGAGAGGAAAGGAAGACGAAUGCAAGGUGGGAUGAACACAUGCAAGCGCUGCAGGAAACAGAAACUGUAGCUCGCAGUUUAAGAUCUGUGUACACAAUCAGCAGUAUCAGCUGUUCAGUAAAAAGUGCAACAUAAAAUGAUGUUAUCCUCUCACAAUAGACAGAAAACAGUGCUCACAUGGGCUACAUAUUCUCAGCACUUUCAGAGAAACAAACUUCAGCUCUAAAAUCUAAAACAGCGUCUUUUGUUGCAUUUACGGGCAACAAUCAGGAAGAACAGGGAGAUUCGAAACAGGAACCAGACGGGAAACUGCACAUUAUUUAUUUUCUCCUCUAUUUAUUCCGAAUCAUCACCACUAAUUAUCUGUUAAAUAGUGUUAUUGAAGUGCCAUGUACAGUUAAUUCUUCAUACAAAUGUAACUGCUCUGUAUGCAUAAUACAUCCUAAUAGAGGCACACAGAAAGACAAAAGAAAGAAAGAAAGAAACACAUAGAGAGAAGACUGCACUUAUUACUGUAUUAUUAUUAUUAUUAUUAUUAUCAUUAUUAUUAUUAUCAUAUUAUUGCUCUUAUAUCACUUCAAGAGUUCUUAGCUGUUAUAUGUGCCAUGUGCUUUCCAAUAGCUGACUAUUUUAUAUGUCCUAGGAGCACACACUGAAGGAUAACCUCUGUAACAAUGUGUAAUGCAAAGCUUUUAACAUAGACCUUCGUUAUUGAGCAGAGUUGCACAGUCUUAGAGAAGAUUUUUCUGUUUUCCUCUCAGUGCUUUUGAUGUCCUGUAACGUUCCCUUUUCAUCCAGGCUGUGUAGACAAUAAUCUGUGCAUGCAAGUGACGCUUUGAUAGUUUAUCUUAACCCCCCGCCAUGCCAGUAUGGCAAACCUCUGCUGUAGACUUGUGAUUUUUUUGUGUUACUAUUUGCUGUAAACAUUGAAUAGGAUGCGUAAUGACGAAUGACAAUAUUCUCAUGAUUUACAGGAAGGACUCUUAAUCAAAAAGCCAUUCACUCAAUAUCUGUGCUGGUUCAAACUGAAGGUGUAUCAAAAGGAGUAUGGUAUCAAUUUCAAACUGUAUUGUUUCCUUUUACUGGUCUGUUUAUUUUCAGUGAAAUAAUACAACAUUGAAAUAAAGUGUUUUCAUUGUA